AUGGUAGUGGGAGAGGAGCACAUUAUCUUGGACCCUGAAGAUCCUUGGGAUCCUCAGACCUCCACCAAGGGAACACCCAAGAGCAAGCUAUUCCGCCGCGGGGCUGUAAUGGCGGCUUCUCCUUAUUGCCCGGACUGCAGCCGGCUGAUCGGGAUCUGCGUUCUCUUGGGGGCCCUGUGGGAAAUCCAGGCCGAACAUAUCCUCUACUCGGUGCCUGAGGAGCUGGAGAACGGCUCCUUCGUGGGCAACAUUGCCAAGGACCUGGGGCUGGAGCCCCGGGAGCUGGCGGAGCGCGGAGUCCGCAUCGUCUCCAGAGGUAGGACGCAGCUUUUUGCUCUGAACCUGCGAAGCGGCAGCUUGGUCACUGCGGGCAGGAUAGACCGGGAGGAGCUCUGUGACAGAUCUCCAAAGUGUGUAGUAAACCUGGAGAUUCUCCUAGAGGACAAAGUGAAGAUUUUUGGAGUAGAAGUGGAAAUAAUCGAUGUUAAUGAUAACGCGCCCACCUUUGGGUCAGAGCAAAGGGAAAUAAAAGUAGCUGAAAGUGAAAAUCCUGGGACAAGAUUUCCUCUUCCUGAAGCUUUUGAUCCGGAUAUAGGGAUAAACUCUCUGCAGGGUUACCAGCUCAGCUCGAAUGGUCACUUCUCCCUGGAUGUGCAAAGAGGAGCUGAUGGGAUUACGUACCCUGAGCUCGUGUUGGAGCGCGCCCUGGACCGCGAGGAAGAGGCGGUUCACCAUCUCGUUCUCACCGCCUUCGACGGAGGCGACCGGGUUCACUCCGGCACUGCCAGGAUUCAUGUAACACUUGUGGAUACCAACGACAAUGCCCCAGUAUUCACUCAGCCCGAGUACCAUGUGAGUGUGCAGGAGAACGUGCCGGUGGGCUCCAGGCUACUCACAGUAAAAGCCACUGAUACAGAUGAAGGAGCCAAUGGAGAAGUCACAUAUUCUUUCCGGAAAGUAAGAGAUAAAAUAGCCCAGCUAUUCCACUUGAAUCCUCUGACUGGGGACAUAACAAUAUUGGGGGAUCUAGAUUAUGAGGACUCUGGGUUCUAUGAUAUAGAGGUAGAAGCCCAUGAUGGGCCUGGUCUCCGAGCCAGAAGUAAGGUACUGGUGACAGUUCUGGAUGUAAAUGACAAUGUCCCAGAAGUCGCAGUUACAUCUCUCAGCAGCUCUAUUCAAGAAACUUCUUCCCCAGGCACAGUAAUUGCACUUUUCAAUGUGCAUGACAGUGAUUCAGGAGAGAAUGGCCUUGUCACAUGUUCUAUUCCAGAUAAUCUGCCAUUCGCACUUGAGAAGACCUUUGGAAAUUAUCAUCGGUUGUUGACACACAGGACUCUGGAUAGGGAAGAAGUCUCAGAAUAUAACAUCACUGUAACGGCCACUGACCACGGGACUCCACCAUUGUCUACAGAAACACACAUCUCACUGAACGUGGCAGACGUCAAUGACAACCCACCUGCCUUCCCUCAAGCUUCCUACUUGGCCUACGUUCCAGAAAACAAUCCUAGGGGAGCUUCUAUCUUCUCUGUGACCGCCCAUGACCCUGACAGUAACGAGAACUCCAUGGUCACUUACUCUCUGGCUGAGGACAAGCUGCAGGGGGCGCCUCUCUCCUCCUAUGUCUCUAUCAACUCUGACACAGGUGUAUUGUAUGCUCUGCGCUCCUUUGACUAUGAACAGGUUAGAGACCUGCAGCUACUUGUGACAGCCAGCGACAGCGGGAACCCUCCACUCAGCAGCAAUGUGUCUCUGAGCAUAUUCGUGCUGGACCAGAAUGACAACACACCUGAGAUUCUGUACCCCACCCUCCCCACCGACGGUUCCACCGGUGUGGAGCUGGCACCCCGCUCUGCAGAGCCCGGCUACCUGGUGACCAAGGUGGUGGCUGUGGACAGAGACUCAGGCCAGAACGCCUGGCUGUCCUACCGCCUGCUCAAGGCCAGCGAGCCGGGACUCUUCGCGGUGGGGCUGCACACGGGCGAGGUGCGCACAGCGCGGGCCCUGCUGGACAGAGACGCGCUCAAGCAGAGCCUGGUGGUGGCGGUGCAGGACCACGGCCAGCCCCCUCUCUCCGCCACAGUCACACUCACGGUCGUCGUGGCUGACAGCAUCCCAGACGUCCUGACUGACCUAGGCAGCCUGAAGCCCUCAGCGGACCCUAACGACUCGGGCCUCACGCUGUACCUAGUGGUGGCGGUGGCCGCGGUCUCCUGCGUCUUCCUCGCAUUUAUCAUCGUGCUGCUGGCGCUCAGACUGCGGCGCUGGCACAUGUCGCAUCUGCUCCAGGCUUCAGGCAGCAGGUUGGCCAGCGUGCCCGCCUCCCACUUUGUGGGUGUGGACGGGGUGCGAGCUUUCCUGCAGACGUAUUCGCACGAGGUCUCGCUCACCGCAGACUCGCGGGGGAGUCACGUGAUCUUCCCGCAGCCCAACUACGCGGACACGCUCAUCAGCCAGGAGAGCUGUGAGAAAAGUGGGCCUCUCCUGAUAUCUCAAGAUUUACUUGAAAGAAAAGGAGAACCCAGUCUUCAACAGGUGAGUUUAUUCCUAGGUAUUUAUGAAGGUCUCAGCCCGGUCCCAAAAAUUGCUCAUAGGGAGGCCAGUACAGGUUUGGACAGAGGAAACGAAAGCAGGAAAAGUGACCCUACCCUGGAUUUUGCUUAUUCCUCCUCCCGACCAAGGAGCAGAGCAGCAGUGGAGGGAGACAGGAUGAGGCCGAGCGCAGAGAGGAGCGGCCGAGCGCGGUGGCGGCAGGUACUGUUGCCCUUCCUGCUGUCUUUGUUCCGCGGGGCUUUCCCAGACCAAAUUCACUACUCAAUUCCCGAGGAGCUGGCCAAGAACUCGGUGGUAGGAAACCUCGCCAAGGAUCUGGGGCUCAGUGUCCGGGACUUGCCGGCCCGGAAGUUGCGGGUUACCGCGGAGAAGGAAUAUUUUAUUGUAAACCCUGAGAGCGGGGACUUACUUGUGAGUGAUAGAAUAGACCGAGAGCAGAUUUGUGGCAAGAAGCCUCUCUGCAUUCUGGAUUUCGAUACUGUCGCUGAAAACCCACUAAAUAUUUUCCAUGUAUCAGUAAUAGUACAGGAUAUAAAUGACAACACUCCGCUAUUCAAACAGAGUAAGAUUGACUUAAAAAUUGGAGAAUCCACUAAGCCAGGUAAAACAUUUCCACUAGACCCGGCGCUGGAUUUGGAUGCUGGUCCUAAUUCACUGCAAAGAUACAACCUUAAUGAAAAUGAGCACUUUGAUCUCACAGAGAAACAGACUCCAGAUGGACGUAAAUAUCCUGAGUUGAUUCUGAAACAUUCUCUGGACAGAGAAGAGCAGAAUUUUCAUCAUCUGGUCCUGACAGCUGUAGACGGUGGGGACCCACCCCAAAGUGGCACCACCCAGAUCCAAAUCCAAGUCACAGAUGCGAACGAUAAUCCCCCAGUGUUCAGCCAGGACGUGUACAGGGUCAGCCUGCAAGAGGGUGUGCCCCCUGGCUUCUUAGUGCUUCAACUGACAGCCACCGACCAGGACGAGGGCGUCAACGCAGAGAUCAUCUACUCCUUUCAUAAUGUGGAUGAACAAGUGGAACGAUUUUUUAACUUAGACAGAAGAACAGGAGAAAUCACGACAAAGGAUGAUUUUGAUUUUGAAAUCGCUAGUAGUUACACUCUCACUGUAGAAGCGAAAGAUCCUGGAGAUCUAGCAGCCCAUUGCAGUGUCCAAGUCGAAAUUCUUGAUGAGAAUGAUUGUGCACCGGAAGUGAUUGUGACUUCAAUAUUUACUCCCCUACCAGAGGAUUCACCACCAGGAACAGUGAUCGCCUUGAUAAAAACAAGAGAUAGAGACUCUGGAGAAAAUGGAGAAGUUUACUGCCAAAUCUUGGGAAAGGCCGAGUUUAUAUUGAAAUCUUACUCGAAGAACUAUUACAAGCUAGUGACAGACAGGACCCUGGACCGGGAGGAGAUCCCAGAAUACAACGUCACUAUAAUGGCCACCGACAGAGGCAAGAAGCCCCUCUCCUCUAGUAUAAGCAUCACUCUGCGCCUUGCAGAUGUCAACGACAACGCUCCAGUUUUCCACCAGGCCUCCUACGUGGUUCACGUGGCAGAAAACAACCCGCCUGGAGCCUCCAUCGCCCAAGUUAACGCUUCAGAUCCAGACUUGGGGCCCAACGGCCACGUCUCCUACUCCAUCGUGGCCAGCGACCUGGAGCCGCGCGCGCUGUCGUCCUACGUGUCCGUGAGCUCACAGAGCGGCGUGGUGUUCGCGCAGCGCGCCUUCGACCACGAGCAGCUGCGCGCCUUCGAGCUGACGCUGCAGGCCCGCGACCACGGCUCGCCCGCGCUCAGCGCCAACGUGAGCCUGCGCGUGCUUGUGGGCGACCGCAAUGACAACGCGCCCAGGGUGCUGUACCCGGCGCUGGGGCCCGACGGCUCGGCGCUCUUCGACACGGUGCCGCGCGCCGCGCAGCCCGGCUACCUGGUCACCAAGGUGGUGGCGGUGGACGCCGACUCUGGACACAACGCCUGGCUGUCCUACCACGUGCUGCAGGCCAGCGAGCCCGGACUCUUCAGCGUGGGGCUGCGCACGGGCGAGGUGCGCACGGCGCGGGCCCUGGGCGACAGGGACGCGGCCCGCCAGCGCCUGCUGGUUGCUGUGCGCGAUGGGGGCCAGCCGCCCCUCUCGGCCACCGCCACGCUGCACCUGGUUUUCGCGGACAGCCUGCAGGAGGCGCUGCCGGACCUCAGUGACCACUCUGAGCCCACUGACCCCCAAGCUGAGCUGCAGUUUUACCUGGUGGUGGCCUUGGCCUUGAUCUCGGUGCUCUUCCUCCUGGCAGUGAUUCUGGCGGUCGCCCUACACCUUCGACACUCCUCCAGCCCCGCUGCCUCUGGCUGCUUUCAGCCUGGUGUCUGUGUCAAGUCUGGACCCGUGGUUCCCCCCAACUACAGUGAGGGAACAUUGCCCUAUUCCUACAAUCUGUGUGUUGCUUCACAAUCAGCUAAGGCAGAAUUUAAUUUUCUCAGCGUCACCCCAGAAAUGGCUCCCCCUCAGGAUCUCCUCUGCGAAGAUGCCUCCUGGGUGCCAAGUAGUAAUCAUGGAGAUGCUGGGGUCCCAUUUGCCUCAGGUACUAUUUUAAAGGUGAGCUUUAAUUUAAUUCACUUUUUUACCUUGCGGUUUCAAUGUUUAUUAACAAAUCACCUAACCGGAGUAGAAGUCUUCAAUUCAUAUUUUAUUGUUUUAUGGCUAGAAUUUAGGUGGUUUUCUGCCUUAAAUAUCAUAAUCAUAUUUAAACAAAUCUUUGACAUAGGUUUUCUAUCUGACAGGUGUCUGUAA